AAUAAACUGCUGAUGAUGUCUUUUAACAACCUUUCCAGAACUUCCCCGCAGUCUCAUCAUCUUCCUGCUCUGCUCCACAGUCUCCCUUUGCUACCAAAAUUUCUGCGUGCAGACCAGAUCGAAUUUGACACCCAAAGCCCUAGCCAAUUGCAUAAAUCCCAUUAUGUCCAUGGACUCCGAGCCCUCUCCUUCCUCCUCCAGGGACUGGUUCUUCCCUUCUCCUUCCUACAUCCACUCCUCGGCCAAACCCCCGAAGCCCCACCGCCACCACCACCUCCAACCCGGCCGGUCCUUCACAAGCUCCAGCAGAAUCUCCCGGCCUUACCCUCUCGAUUCGAGACCCGCCCGGGCGCAGUCUCUCUGUUCCAGCCCGCCGGUGAGCUCCGCACCGCCGCCCAGGUAUGCUGGGAUCCGCCGCAGAGCUUAUUCGAGCUCGGGUCUCCGGGCGGAGAAGCGGUCGGAAGCGGACAAGAAGGAGGGCGGCAGUUCGGAAGACACUUCCAUGCCGAAAAUUGGAUGUGCCGGAGAAAAAAUGUCGUCCCAUGAUAAGGGAUUUCUGCAUUCAGGUGGACAGCUUAAGGUUCAGUGGAGGAUGGCUCUUGCAGUAGCUAUUUUAUUCACAGCGUUCACUUCUCUGGUGCACAAGAAUUUUACUUUACAUGACCAGGUCCAUAAUUUGCAGGAGCAAAUUUCUGAACUGAAUGGGAAGCUGCAAGCAUGUUGUCUAUUGGACAUCGCGGAUAUACCCAGUUCUUCGCCUGAGGAGAGUCAGCUUAGUAUUAACAAAAGGCUAAAAAAUGUAGCUCUGAUGGGCUCACUCUCGGUAUUAUCAAUACCUAUUGUCAUAUUCAAGCUCAUUGAAAAAUUCUCGAAGUCGAGAUCCUCGGAUGGGAUGGUAGAAGAAGUUUCUCUAAACAAGCAGAUAGCAUAUAGAGCGGACGCAUUUCUGUCACUCCAUCCAUAUUCUAAGCCACUGGCUUUAUUAGUUGCGACUUUACUCCUAAUUUGCCUAGGGGGAUUGGCCCUUUUUGGGGUAACAGAUGAUAGCUUAGCAGAUUGUCUUUGGCUGUCAUGGACUUUUGUGGCUGAUUCAGGAAAUCAUGCUAAUUCAGAAGGCAUUGGUCCGAGACUGGUUUCGGUUUCAAUUAGUUUUGGCGGAAUGCUUAUAUUUGCUAUGAUGCUGGGGCUCGUUUCUGAUGCUAUCUCAGAGAAGUUUGACUCUUUGAGGAAAGGAAGGAGUGAAGUUGUUGAGCAGCAUCACACUUUAAUACUUGGAUGGAGUGAUAAAUUGGGCUCAUUGUUAAAUCAACUCGCAAUUGCUAAUGAAAGUCUGGGUGGGGGAACCAUUGUGGUGAUGGCUGAACAAGACAAAGAGGAAAUGGAGUUGGAUAUUGCUAAAAUGGAGUUCGAUUUCAGAGGAACUUCUGUCAUAUGUAGAAGUGGUAGUCCCCUCAUAUUAGCUGACUUGAAAAAGGUGUCUGUUUCCAAAGCCCGUGCUAUAAUUGUCCUUGCUGAAGAUGGAAAUGCUGACCAGAGUGAUGCCCGUGCAUUAAGAACAGUUCUAAGUCUAACAGGAGUUAAGGAGGGGUUAAGAGGUCACAUAGUGGUCGAACUAAGCGAUCUUGACAACGAGGUCCUCGUUAAACUGGUUGGUGGGGACCACAUUGAAACUGUGGUGGCCCAUGAUGUCAUCGGCCGUUUGAUGAUUCAAUGUGCCCGACAGCCUGGACUAGCACAGAUCUGGGAAGAUAUCCUCGGGUUUGAAAACUGUGAGUUCUACAUCAAGAGAUGGCCGCAACUGGAUGGAAUGCAAUUUGAGGAUGUUUUAAUUAGCUUUCCUGAUGCCAUUCCAUGCGGAGUCAAAGUCGCGUCACUUGGUGGUAAGGUUAUCCUGAAUCCUGAGGACUCCUAUGUCCUACAAGAAGGGGAUGAAGUUCUUGUCAUAGCAGAAGAUGAUGACACUUAUGCUCCAUCAGCUUUACCAAUGGUCAAAGAAGCAACAUUCACACACAUUGUCAGACCGGCGAGAAAGCCACAGACGAUUCUACUUUGUGGAUGGAGGAGAGACAUUGAUGAUAUGAUUGUGGUUAUGGAUGCCUCUCUUGCCCACGGUUCAGAGCUCUGGAUGUUUAACGAGGUUCCAGAGAAUGAGAGGGAAAAGAAGCUCAUUGAUGGUGGUCUUGACAUCAGCCGUCUAGCAAAUAUAAUACUUGUUCAUCGUGAAGGGAACGCUGUUAUACGCCGUCAUUUGGAGAGUCUUCCACUAGAAUGCUUUGAUUCUAUCCUAAUUCUGGCUGAUGAGUCGGUCGAAGAUUCGGCCAUGCAAGCUGAUUCCAGAUCGCUUGCAACGUUGCUGCUGAUUCGUGAUAUUCAGGCAAAGCGGCUACCUUAUAGAGAAGCUACCGUGUCUCAAUCUCACAGAGGAAGUUUCUCCCAAGGUUCAUGGAUGGGUGAAAUGCAGCAGGCUUCAGAUAAAUCGGUUAUUAUAUCUGAAAUCUUGGAUCCAAGAACUAAGAACCUCCUUUCUAUGUCCAAAAUCAGCGACUAUGUCUUAUCUAACGAGCUUGUCAGCAUGGCACUGGCAAUGGUUGCGGAGGAUCGCCAAAUAAAUGAUGUGUUGGAAGAACUCUUUGCUGAAGAGGGAAAUGAGUUGCAUAUCAGGGAGGCGGAUCUCUACCUCCAUGAAGGAGAGGAGCUGAGCUUUUAUGAGAUACUGCUACGUGCCCGACAGAGAAGGGAAAUUGUCAUAGGAUACCGUUUGUCUAAUGCCGAGAAAGCCAUGAUAAAUCCCCCUGCAAAAACCGAAAAGCGAAGGUGGUCUCUGAAGGAUGUUUUUGUUGUGAUCGCUGAAAAGGAAUGAAAUAACAGAAACAAGUCUGACAUCUUACCUUAAACUUGAGCAUCAAAUCGUUGGAGCACCCCCGCUAUAAAUUGCGAAAAGGGGCCACAUUGUAGUGGUAAAAGGUUCGGGUCAGCUAGUUCAUUCU